AUGACUACCCUACUCGUGAUGGCAGCUUUAAAGAUAAAGGAAUUGAUAAGUAGGCCGAAAGCUGAAUUCCCAACAACAGAGACGUUUAUAGAUGAAGAUCCAUGCUCUGCAUGUGAGAAGGGAUGUGCUCAUCCUCAACUUCCUGCUACACUGGCUUCCAAAAUCGAUUACGACGAACCUCUCCUCGGAUCAAUGAAACCCUACUCGCUGCAUCUCUGUAUAAUAGAAGGAAGCAGCAGCCAAUGGCCCGAACGCAUAGAAGAAGAUCCAACCACAAUCACAUCCAAAGUCAUGGAACUCGCUCAAAAAGUCACCAAAUUCCGCAUCUUGGUCUCUGCCAUCGACAUAUCAACCACAGGUCUACAUAUUAGUGAUGCACAGGCUCAAGGGAAGGGUGUCGAUAUCCUCGUAUUCCCUUAUAAUGUCAUUUUACGUGGUUUGAAACUCGCAGAGAUUGGUGCUGUCAUUCAGGAUUUGGUGAAUGAUAAGAUACCGUCGGGUGUCGUUGUGGAGAAGCUGGGACAGAAGGAUGUGGUUGUGUUUGUGUGUACGCAUAAGAAGCGGGAUAAGAGGUGUGGUGUUGCUGGGCCGAUGCUGAUUGAGGAGUUUCAAAAGGCGAUUGAAGAAAUGAAGGGACUGGAAUAUAAUAUUCAUGUGUGUGGGAUAUCGCAUACUGGUGGACACAAGUUUGCUGGUAAUCUGAUUCUGUAUGGUGAACAGACACGGGGAGAAUGGUAUGGUCGUGUCAAGACGUGUCAUGUGCGACCCAUCUUGCAAAAGACUAUCAUUGAAGGGAAAGUCUUUAAGGAACUAUGGCGUGGAGUAAUGUCAAAGAACACAACUGAAAACAAGUCUUGGUAA